AUGUCAGAGUCCAACACAACCCACUUCACCAACCCCUCCACCUUCAUCCUGCAGGGCUUUCCUGGCCUAGAGGUGGCCCAUGUCUGGAUCUCCAUUCCCUUGUGCGCCAUGUAUACCACAGCCAUGUUGGGGAACUUCACCAUCCUGUGCAUAGUGAAGAUGGAAUUGAGCCUCCAUGAGCCCAUGUACUAUUUCCUCUGCAUGCUGGCCGCCACCGACCUGGUCCUGUCGACAUCCACCACGCCCAAAAUGCUGAGCAUCUUCUGGUUCAAUUCCAGGGAGAUCGAUUUCAAUGCCUGCCUCACCCAGAUGUUCUUCAUUCGCUGCUUUUCAAGGAUUGAGUCUGGGAUUUUGGUGGCCAUGGCGUUGGAUCGCUACGUGGCCAUCUGCCAUCCCCUGAGACAUUCCACCAUCCUGACAAACUCUGUGGUGGCCAAACUUGCUCUGGCUGUGGUGUUGCGCGGUGCUAUCCUCUCACUGCCCUACCCCUUGCUGGCGAGGCAGUGGCCGUAUUGCAGGACCAACCUCAUCCCCCAGCCAUUCUGCACGCACAUGGCCGUGGUGAGCCUCGCUUGCGCCGACACCAGCGUCAGUAGCUCCUACGGCCUUUUUGUGCUACUCUGUGUGACUGGUCUGGAUGUGAUUUUUAUUGCUCUGUCCUAUAUGCAGAUCCUCAGGGCCAUCUUCAGACUCCCCACGAAGGACGCCCGGCUCAAGACUUUUGGGACUUGCGUCUCCCACCUCUGCGCCAUCUUAGUCUUUUACAUCCCAGGUCUCUUCUCCUCCCUCACGUACCGCUUUGGACAGAACGUGCCUCUGCAUUUCCACAUUCUCAUUGGCAACCUGCAACUCCUGGUGCCCCCCAUGCUCAACCCCAUC